AAAAAGAUUAAAAAGAAGGAGCGAGCGAAAGGACCCGCUAAAGACGGAAGAGAUAGCGAAGAGAGAGAAAAAAAAAAGAAAAAAAGAAAGAGAGAGAGAGAGAGAGAAGAAGAAAUAAACGAAGAGAGAGAAAGAGAAAGCGAAAGAUUAGAGAGAGAGAGAGAAAAAGUAAGAGCAGUGGCUGCGAGGGUUGGUGAAGGAAAAUAAAUUAAAACAGAAAAGAGGGGAGGUGGAGGAGACGGAGACGGAGACGGUGACGGAGACGGAGAGGAGGAGGAGGAGGAGGAGGAGGAGGAGCUCGCGAUGAUGGCGGCGGCGGCGAGGCGGCGCGGACGACCUCCCCAGCAGCGAUCGGCGGCGCCGCCACCGGAGAGUCGCCGGAACCUCCGGCCUAGGCGGCGGAGGCUGCUGCUAAACGACCACUACGGCUUCUCCUCCUCAUCGGAGGAGGAGGGGGAGAAGGAGAAGGAGGAGGUGGAGGAGGAGAGGGGACGUGGGGAGCAGGGGAGGAGGAGGAGGAAGCUUAAGCUCGUUCUGAAGCUACCUCACUUCUCGCCGGCGAAGAGGGAGGCGGCGUCGCCGCCACCGCCGCCGGCGCCGCCUUCGCCGGCGCCGCCGAGGUCGUCGCGGCCUAGGAGGGCGGCGGAGAGGCGGGUUUCGGAGUCGUCGUCCUCGUCGCCGCCCUCGGCGUCUUCGUCUUCGUAUGUGGAGGAUGAGGACGAUGACGAAGAAGAAGAGGGCAAGUGCGAGGAGGAGGAGGAGGAGGAGGAGGAAGAGAUCAAGCCGCUGAAGAAGAGAAGGAUCGACAGGUGUCACGAUCGGAUCGGCUCGGAGCGAUCUCGUCACCGCGAGAUAGAGAAGAAGAGCAAUGUUGUUCGGAGAUCAAACGGUUCCAUUUCAGGUUCUGGAAAUCCUUUACCAGAGAGGAAGACGCUGGAGGCGAUUCUCGAUAAGCUUCAAAAGAAAGACACUUACGGGGUGUUUGCCGAGCCGGUGGAUCCAGAAGAGCUUCCUGACUACCAUGAUGUGAUCGACCAUCCAAUGGACUUCGGUACUAUAAGGAAGAAGCUAGCGAGGAAUUUGUACCGUUCCUUUGAGCAAUUCGAGGACGAUGUCUUCUUAAUCUGCAACAAUGCGAUGCAAUAUAAUGCACCAGACACCAUAUACUUCAGACAGGCACGUUCCAUACAAGACAUGGCAAGAAACAAGUUUCAGGAACUGAGAGAUGACAACUUGUGCACUGGAAAGAAACUAAGAGAUAAUGGCUUAUGCACUGGAAAGAAACUAAGAGAUGAUGGCUUAUGCACCGGGAAGAAACUAAGAGAUGAUGGCUUAUGCAUUGAAAAGAAACUAAGAGAUGAUGACUUAAGCACGAAAAAUGAAUGGAAGGACCAAGCGAGAGUCAAAGUUGAAUCCUUAGAAAAGCAGCAACAAGUCGAGAAAGGCUUUUGCAGAAACCAGCAAGAACCGCAUGUUUCUGACAUCUCCAGUGCUGCAACCCUUGCCUCUGUAGGGGAGGCCUAUACGGGGUUAAGCACGGCACAAGCUAAUGAUGUCGAGCCUAGUAUGGUGGUUGAUAAGUCUGUAGAUAAUAGCUCUUCGCUGGGUGAGAGUAAGUCAGAGAAGUUUGAUGAGCUUCCAGCCAGGAGUUCUCCCUCCAAGCCGGUGCGUUUGCCUCUUGUGGUCGAUGAAAAUAGACGAGCCACUUAUUAUACCUCAGAUGAACAGCCUAAGAUUGAACGUGACUCGAUUUUCGAUGUUCUUGCUGGCGAGCCAAGGCAGCUGGUUGCUGUUGAACUACACCUGGAGUACUCAUAUGCGAGGAGUUUGGCUCGAUUUGCUGCUACUCUUGGUCCCAUUGCUUGGAAAAUUGCCUCUGAGCGUAUUGAGAAAGUACUACCUUCUGGGGUAAAGUUUGGGCCUGGAUGGGUUGGAGAAUAUGAGCCACUCCCAACUGCUAUUAUUUCUCUAGAAAAUCACUCCCAAGUUGCUAAAAAGACAAAAGAAAGCGAAAAUAGACCAAAAGCAGUUGCUAUUAGUGGUCUGUCUAGAAACAUAAAUGGGCCCAAGAGUCGAGCGAUCAGUAAAACCACAAACAGAGUGUCUAAUUCUAAGGAGGAGAGAAACAAUGAUGGGAAUACUGCAAAGCCGAAGCAGCGAUUAUUCAGUGUUAUUGCUGAGCCCCAAACAAGAAGCAAUGGGAUAAUGUUACAACCCAAGAAGGAACAGGAGUGCUUUACAUCUUCCUUGAGUAGUCCUGUUGAUACAGUUCUCCGAAGGCCUGAACAUCCGGAAGGUGCUGCUUCUAGGGUUUCUGAUACAGUACCAUUCCUUAAGGCAAAUGGUCAGCCUAAGCUGUACAUUAAUCAACCAGAUGGAGUAUCACCACACACUAGGAGUAGUCAUAUUGGAAUCAAUCUUGGAGGAUCGAGUGGUGGGAAGUUCUCGAGAAAAUCAGACACUAACCAGCCAAGUAAUGAUCUCGGAUUCAUUUCAAAGCAUCCUCAACGAAUGGCAGUAGGUAAUUUCCUUUCUCAUAGUAGUCAACAGCAUCAUGAUAAGGGCCCUGCAAAAUUAGUGGGUUUCUCGGGCCCGAAGUUUAGCCAGCCAGGCAAUUCAAAAAGUUUCAUCAAUACUUCAGAAAAACUCAAUUCCUCUCUUCGAUCAACUGUUAGAGAGAAUCACCAGUGGAUGUCUGCUGUAUCUCCCUCGGGGAUUAGACCAUCCGCCGAUAGUCUAAGUUUUCUCAAUAGCCAAGUCAGACCCACUUUCUAUAGUAAUCCCGCUGCAAGAAAUGUGGUUCAAUUCAUGAAGCAGCCAGUCCAAGGGGUCAGCGAAGAGCCUCAUGUUCAUAACAGGGGUUUGGUUAUAUUUCCUCAGCUAAUUCCAACGGAAAUACCAAGAUCUAAUGGUUGUUCUCAAGAGAAGAAAAAUAAGGAUACACUUCCCCCAGAUUUGAACAUCAGUUUCCCAAUCCAAGGGUCUCCAGUACGACAAUCUUCAGGUAUUCAUUUAGAUGCUCAGCAACCGGACUUAGCUUUGCAGUUGUGAGUUCUAGAAAGCGAAGGAGAUAGAACCAAUUACAUAUUUUCACUAGCAAGUUAGGAAGAAUGUGCAAAUUAUUUAUGCGUAGUAGACCCCAGUAGAGCGAGAAAGACGGUGCAGGCAAAUUCGUAUAUCAAAGGACUGGAAGAGUAAUCUGCAGAAUAUAUCUGCAGAAUGUCAAAUUGAAUAUAUGUAGCUGUGAGAAUAUGAGGAAGGACUCGAUCUAUCGGCGAUCGUGGUUUGUUUAUAAGCUGAUUUUGGUAGGUGGUAGCGCAUGUUUGGAUCACGAAAGGCGAAUUCUCAAAUGAGUUAAGAACUGGGUCUGUUUUGUAUUUUUGAUGGGAUCCUUUGUAAAUCAGAUUAGUAUGGCAGGUCUAUGCUUUUUGUAACUUGAAAUACCUCUUGUAGGGGCCAAUGUACGAAUGCCCAUACCACCUUUGUAUUCUGGUUAUAAAAUGGAUUAAGUAGAUUAGAUUAGAGCAGCUCUUCUUCUUUCUGAAAGGAUUGCUUUUGUUGAAUCUUUUGAGACUCUGCGAUUUCCUUCGAUUAGUCGGAUGAGCAAAAGAAUCUUUUUCAAGGAAUCAAUAUUCCUUGCUUAGUAUAUGUGGUUAAUCAGAUUGCUUCUUUAGGCU